AUUAGUCGAUUUAUAUGGUGGCGGCUCGUAGCAGACAUUUUGGAACUAAAAAUCGACAUCACAUCCAAGACUCAAACCUUCUUCAAUCGAUAUUUACCGACGAUAUUAUUAUAUACAAAAUUACACGUUUGUUGUUUCGAGACUAAAUGGCGACAGCUAUAGCUGCAGGGGUUGGUCUUGCUAUUGUGGGCUUUACUGGUCGUUACCUACUUAAAAGAAUGCCAAAUUUGUCACAGAAGAUGGCAGAAACAAUGAAGAUGCUAGAUUCCCAGUCACUAGCAAAUAGCAAGUAUUACAAGGGUGGUUUUGAGCCAAAAAUGACCAAGCGUGAAGCUAGUCUCAUUCUAGGAGUGUCGCCCACAGCUGGUAAAAUAAAAGUAAAGGAACAAUUUAAAAAAGUAAUGUCUGUCAAUCAUCCAGAUCGUGGUGGCUCUCCAUAUAUAGCUGCCAAAAUUAAUGAGGCAAAAGAUAUGCUUGAAAAAUAAUGAUACAAUUUUAUAUAGUUUAUAUGUAACUUAUAUUUCAUUUAUGUAAAUAUAUUUAGGAACCAAAUUUUAAUAUACA